AAUAAUCUUUACUUAAAUAUUUGAUUAAAUAUACAUAAAAAAUGCUUAUGAAUGUUACAUUGGUGUGUUUGGAGAAUAAACUGAAACUCAGCUUUGAGAAGAAUUUAUGGCUUGGCAAAAAUUACCUACAGCACACAAAUGCAAAAUUCAUACUCACAAAGGCAUUUGUCCAGUCUUUGAUAAACAAUCUUUGUUUUUUUCUAAGUUUUUAUGAUCCUUUAGUUCUAAAAAAGUGACAACAUGUCUGCAGAGAGUUUAUCAGCAAGUUUAGACACCAACAGGAACUGCACAAUAAAGAUCGACAACAAGAGCAACAAAUACAGUCUCAUCGACCCAAAAGUCUACAUGUACCAUGGAUUCAACCACACUGCUCCUCAGCCCACAAUCGGACCCCGAAGCAUCUCAAUCUGUGCAUUCACGAAGACUCCAAACACUUCCUGCGGUUCCAUAGGCGUCUUGACCUAUGACCUCUGCGACAUAAAGACCCGGAAUACCACUGAUCGCGUGGCUCUUCUGUUCUCUGUUCCCUACAACUUCAACUUCUACGAUAACAUCUACGCAAUUGGGGUGAUCUCAACAUCCCGUGAUUGCAAUGAAGCCCUGUACAAAAGAAUGUAUUACGAAACUGGCGCUUUUACCCGUGCAAAGGCAAAGAAGGGUGGCCUCACCUACACUUCAUCGAAUGUUGAAUUAAGAGCAACUAUGUCAAAUAUGGCCAAAGCUAUUAUUAAACUAGAGAUUUAUGACCAGUGAGGCUAAAAAUGAAAAAUGGAAAAAGUUUAGCCUUACAAAAGAAUUUAUUUUCAUGAAUUCAUAUGUAAAAGUAUGCAAUUGUGACUGUAAAAUCGA